AUGACACCAUUGCAUAAGGCAUGCGAUGAAGGUCAUUUCGGGGUUGUCAAGUUGCUACUAGAGAGGGGUGCUGACAUUAACGCCAAUAACCAAUGUGGAGACACACCGUUGUACUAUGGAUGCCACAAGGGUCAUUUAGAGGUUGUCAAGUUGCUACUGAAGAAAGGUGCUGAAAUUGAUACCAUAAACGAUGAUGGAAACACACCAUUGCAUUUUGCAUGCUACGAUGGCCAUUUAGAGGUUGUCAAAUUGCUACUGAGGAAGGGUGCUGAAAUUGAUGCCCAAGACAGUGGUGGAAACACCCCUUUGCAUACGGCAUGCGAAGGAGGUCAUUUAGAGAUGGUCAAGUUGCUACUCGAGAAGGUCGCUGACAUCAAUGUCCAAGACAGAUAUGGUGGGAAAACACCAUUGCACUAUGCAUGCGAUGAAAGUCAUUUAGAGAUAGUGAAGUUGCUAAUCGAGAACGGUGCUGACAUUGAUGCAACGAACGAUGAUGGAAGAAAGACAUCAUUGUACAAGGCGCGCGACGAGUGUCGAUUGGAGGUAGUUAAUUUGCUACUUGAUAAGGGUGCUGACGUGAAUGCCACAGACGCUGAAGGAAACACAUCAUUGCAUAUGGCAUGCCAUGAGGGAAAUUUGAGGCUAAUCAAAUGGCUCGUCAAUAAUGGUGCUGACAUCAAUGCCAAAAGAAGAUGUGGAGAGACACCAUUGCUCUGGGCAUGUGGGAAGGGUCAUUGGGAGUUAGUCAAGUUUCUAGUCGAAAAGGGUGCUGAUGCUCAUGCCGAAGCCACAGCUGGAAUGACGCCAUUUGGAAUGAUAUGUUGCAAGGAUGAUUUGGGCCUGGUCAUGUUGCUAGUCCGAAGGUCUUGUUGUGAUGGUCAUUUGGAGGUGAUCAAGAAGUUGCUUGUCUAG